AUGAGGGACAAAAGAGAUGCCAAUUUUGAAAAUACAAGUACUGAACAACUGAAACUGGAGUUAUUGGAAGGACUCCAUAAGAAAGACUUAGUACAACUUUCAAUAAUUGAACUAAGACACAAGUUUGCAGAACUGGAAGCCAAAUUCACUACUGACAAUAAAGGCAGUGAAUGGAAAACCUAUUAUGAGUUACAACUUGACAUGAAUGAUCAACUGAAAAAGAAAAUAGUUACUCUGAAAGAGAAAUUGAAAAAACUCCAUGAAGAUCCUUCACAUAGACUAUCUACUAUUCAUGUCUAUGAGCGAAUGCCAGUGAAAUCCUUAGUUACAUUACUUGAAAAGGUAGACAAGGAAAACAGGCAUCUUAAAUAUCAAGUGAAAUACUAUUCAGUUAAACUAAAAGAAUCAAAAGCUUACCAAAAGAUCAAGGAUGAAUGCCAAAUAUACCCAGCUAAACUAUCUCAGGUCUCUCGCUUACACUGAAUUUCUAGAAGGCAACACGUAGAUUAA